UUUCACCAAAUUGUAGCGGGCGAACGCCAUGCCGGAGGACAACCGUUCUUUCACCAAAUUCGGGCGAACGCCAUGCCGGAGGACAACCGUUCUUUCACCAAAUUGUAGCGGGCGAACGCCAUGCCGGAGGACAACCGUUCUUUCACCAAAUUGCUAUAGCGGGCGAACGCCAUGCCGGAGGACAACCGUUCUUUCACCAAAUUGUAGCGGGCGAACGCCAUGCCGGAGGACAACCGUUCUUUCACCAAAUUGUAGCGGGCGAACGCCAUGCCGGAGGACAACCGUUCUUUCACCAAAUUGUAGGCUAUAGCGGGCGAACGCCAUGCCGGAGGACAACCGUUCUUUCACCAAAUUGUAGGUAUUGAAAUUCUUUAUUAUUUUCAUAUAUAAUUUGUUGGUUUAUCCCUCGGGA